GGGGGGGUGGAGAGGCUGCCUCUCUCAGGGCCUUCGUCAGAGCGAAGUGGCCAGGAAGAGCCUCAGCCCUUGCACAGCAGAGAGCAGCGAGGUCCCGGGACAGGAGCUGUAGGAUCACACUCCUCCGGGACACCAUGAAGCAGCUCUUCCUCCUCUCCCUCCUCGGGCUCAUCACCAGGUCCUUGCAGAUUGAAGACAACAAGAUCCCGGGGCUGUGCUCCGGGCAGCCGGGCAUCCCAGGGACCCCGGGCCUGCACGGGGGCCAGGGUUUGCCAGGCAGAGACGGGCGAGACGGCCGGGACGGGGCCACGGGGAUGCCGGGGGAAAAGGGCGAGAUGGGCCCUCCUGGAGCGCCCGGGCCCCGCGGGGAGAUGGGCAGCCCCGGCGUGGACGGGCUGCACGGCGAGAAGGGCGCUCAGGGCGAGUGUGCCGUGGCCCCUCGCUCUGCUUUCAGCGCCAAGCGCUCCGAGUCGCGCAGUCCCCCGCUGGCCGACCAGCCCAUCCUCUUCGACGUGGUGCUCAUCAACGAGCAGGGCCACUACGACCCCGCCACGGGCAAGUUCACCUGCGAGGUGCCGGGCCUCUACUACUUCGCCGUGCACGCCACCGUGUACCGCACCAGCCUGCAGUUCGAUAUCAUGAAGAACGGCCACUCCAUCGCCUCCUUCUUCCAGUACUACGGCAACUGGCCCAAGCCCACCUCGCUCUCGGGGGGCACCCUGGUCCGCCUGGAGCCCGAGGACGAGGUGUGGGUGCAGGUGGGAGUCGGGGACUACAUCGGCUUCUACGCCAGCGUCAAGACGGACAGCACCUUCACCGGCUUCCUGGUCUACUCCUACUGGCAAAACUCCGCCGUGUUCGCCUGAGAGCACUCGGCUGCCGAGGGGAACGCGCCCCUUCCCGGCUGCCAGCGUGAUGGGAGCCCGGGCAGAGGGACCGUGCCCUGCUCGGGGCACAGAAUUGUCCCCACUGCCGCGCGGGGAGCGCUCCCGGAGCGGCGCCGUGUGAGCGCUCGCUGUAAUUUCGGGCGGUGCGCGGUUCCUGCCGCUCGCCAGGGCAGGGCGAGCGGGGCUGCGGGGCCGGGAGCCCAUCCCGCGGGUCCUGUCCCAUCCCUCCCCUCAAUAAAGGGCUGCUCA